UUAUAUCGUCUGUAAAUGGGAUUUUAUGUAAAUGUUUUUAUUUUUAAUUUUUUAGGCUCAAAGUUGGCUACCGUUGAAAGCGUGGGAGUGAGCGGGUGCGCAGAGGACGCCAAGGAGUGCAUCCUCAAGAGAAACUCUAACGCUACCAUCACCAUUGACUUCACACCAUCGCUGGACGUAAAAACCAUAGAGACAGAAGUGCACGGAGUCAUCAUGAACCUGCCGGUGCCGUUCCCGCUGCCGCAGCCCGACGCGUGCAAGGACAACGGCCUCACCUGCCCCUUAAAGGCUGGCGAGAAAGCGAACUACAGGACGACGCUGCCAGUUCUCAAAUCGUACCCGAAAGUAAAGGUGGACGUCAAAUGGGAGCUGAAGAAUGAGUCUGGCGAGGACCUGGUCUGCGUGUUGAUCCCCGCCAAGAUCCACUAACCCUCGGUGACGAGACCGGCCCCUGGGAUGGACGUGUAAAGUGCAAAAAUAGUCCUGUUAAAAGUGUACAAAUCGAGUCAGAUUAUUAAACUGCGGUCUUUUUAAUAAUGAAGUUGAAUGAAUUUCAGCGAUUCUUUUGUUUUUUGUCUAGUUCACUCAGUAUCUGACUCGAAUAAAAAAUCUCCGUCUCUAAAAAAGCUGAAACGGCCAGUUUACCUUACUUUAGUACGCCUAACGACAAGGAACCAAGCGAAUUCAUAAAAAUCUUGGUCGGUCGGAUAUUGCAAUUUUUAUUCUACACAAAAGACGUAUUUCCUUUUAACCCAUCUCAGUUUAAUAUUAUUGUAAUCUCGCGGAAAAAGGAAGCCGUUAUCUCCUCCCAGAAACUUAACUACCAAAGACAUUCCAUUUUAAUGUUUUGUGAAUGUGCAAUAUUAUUAUUGUCAACAAAUAUAGUUUUAAAAG